CUAACCUAACAGCACAAUUCUCAUCAGAUUUAAAAAUAAAUAAAUAAAGACGCAAUAUAUAUGGAAAAGGGCAAGACUCCGGCGUCCGCAUCACGAUCCAUCGAGGUCACCGUAAUCUCCGGCGAGGGUCUCCUGAUGAAGAAGAAGCCACCCGCCAAGAACACCAUCUCCGUGACCGUGAAGACCGGGCCCUUCCUAUCCUAUUCCACGGGAGUCGACCCGGAAGGCCGGAGCUUCCCAUCAUGGAACGAGAGGCUGGCUAUAGACCUGCCCGAGCAAGCCCGUUUCAUAACCGUGGAGGCGUGGUCGGGCAACAGGCUCAUCGCCUCCGCCGCCAUUCCGACCACGGAUUUCUGUGGCGGCUGCCUGCCUAAUGGUUACCUGAGCUUCGUGAGUUACAGGCUGGUGGAUGCCGCUGGGAAUAAGAAUGGGAUAAUUAAUCUGUCCAUUAGGGUGAAGGGAGGCGGCGGCGGCCAGACUUCCGGAUGCGCCGCCGGCUUUUCGAAGCCCUUGAAGGAGGGAAAUCCUUACGCCACCAGCUUUUCGAACCCCUUGAAGGGGGUUCCGCCGGCGGAGGGAAAGCCUUUCGCCGCUGGUGUCGUUACGGGUAUCCCCGUUUCGUAUAACUAUUGAUUUUUAGGUUUCUUUUUUCUUUUCUUUUUUUACCUAGUUUAUUGAUUCUUUUAUGAUAUAGUACGAUUUUAUUUAUUUCACAAUCUCUGUAAGAUGUGAUUAGUCUCCUCAAAAAAUAAAAUUCCUAACUUCAAUCA